AUGUCUGCAACUGAGACUAUCACUCGCCCCAGUCAGCCUGAUAUUCAAUAUCAUCCGGACUGGGUGAAGUAUCAAGCACGCUCCCGCCAACGGAAGGAGACCGAAUCACUUCAGACCAGCUUGCCAGCAGGGUUUCCUCAAAAGCUAGUCUCGCCACUUGUUUGGGAUGGAAAAGACAUUGAAAAGCGUGAUGACUGGAUCUACCAGCUCAGCGAUGUUCAGCUUGAUGAGAUUGAUGCAGCCUUGAAGAGCUUCAAAGCUCUUGAAAAGCCCUUGGGAUACAUAAAUGAGUUCACCUUCCCCCUUCCAAGCCUUCGACCGACCCUGAGAGACCUUUCAAAGGAGCUCCACAAUGGUCGAGGCUUUUUUGUUCUCCGAGGUCUACGCAUUGAUAAUUAUCCUCGAGAGGAUAAUGUCAUCAUCUACACAGGUGUCUCAUCUCAUGUCGGCAGUAUUAGAGGACGUCAACAAGACACAAGACUGCAAAAUGGAUCAUCUCCAAUAAUCUCGCAUAUCAAGGAUAUCACCAGCAUUACCGAGAAAGGAAAGAUCGGGGCACCAUCCAAUACAGCGGAUAAGCAGGUCUUUCAUACAGAUGCGGGGGAUAUCAUCUCCCUUCUCUGCUUGAGUCCCGCAGCAGAGGCAGGUGAAAGUUAUCUGUCAAGCAGUUGGAAUGUGUACAAUAUUCUUGCAAAAGAACGUCCCGAUCUUAUUCACACUCUCUCGCAAAACUGGCCAGUUGACGGGUUCAACAACCCUCAAAAGCCAUACACACUUCGCCCCCUUUUGUACCACCAGCCAGCUACAGAAACUACGCCCGAGCGUGUUUUGAUUCAGUAUGCGCGGAGGUACUUCACCGGAUUCCUUGCCCAGCCCAGAUCUGCGGAUAUCCCUCCCAUCACCGAAGCCCAAGCGGAAGCAUUAGAUGCGUUGCAUUUCUUGGCAGAGGAGCAUUGCGCCGCCUUGGAUUUUCAAAAGGGGGACGUUCAAUAUGUCAACAACCUCAGCAUAUUCCACGCACGCAAUGGCUUCAAAGAUGCACCAGGCAAAGGGCGACAUCUUCUACGACUCUGGCUGCGUGACCCUGAGAAUGCCUGGCAGACACCCCAGCCACUGCAGCACCGCUGGGAUACAGUGUUCAAAAACGUCACCGAGGACGAACAGGCAUUCCCUCUGAAUCCUGGUAGUUUGCGAAAGACAGUGGGGUCUUAG